AGGUCUGGAAGCCCAGAACCGGCACCGGGAGCGAGGCGGGGCUCGGGAAGAGCCCGUCGGGCUCCGGGAGCUCCGGUGCCUCCAUAGGGGCUCCUUGGGGACCCCCGCGGGACCCCUCGUGUCCCGGCGCCGGGGGAUGAACCCCCUGCGCCCCCUCCUCGGGGUGCCCCGGCCUCCGCUGCCGUCCCCGGCGGUGCCGCCGCCUCCGCCCGGUGCCGGCGCUGGGCACCAGGAUCUCCGGGAUCCCGGGGAACCCGGCCAAGUCCCGCCCCGUGCCGGGAAGGGCCGGGACCAUCCCUCCCCCAGCGGGGCUCGGGGUCCGGCCGCCCCACCGGGGCACCAGGGGCGGCGCGGGGGGGAGGCUGCCCCGGUACCGGGUCCCGGAGGUCUCACGGGGGAACCGGGAACGCGGUCGGGUCUGGGGCAGCUCCGCUGCGGCCGCCGGUGGCUCUGGACCGGAGCCGGUGCCGCUUUACCCGCCGCCCCGCUCCCCGGGGAUGCGCAGCGCGGCUCGGAGCUCCCCCGGCGGCGGGCGCUGAGCUCCGGGAGCACGAUGGACACCGGGGCCGCGCUGGCCUGGAGCCCCGGGGCCGCCUCGCAGCCCCCGCCCGGGCUGGGGGUGAAGUUGGGGUCGCUGGUGCUGCUGCUGCUGCUGCCCCUCGCCUGCGGCCUCGCUCCCCUCUGGUGCUUCCGACAGCCCCCCGCCUCCCGAUUCCCCCCAGACCCCCGCAGCCCCGUGCUCAGCCUCGUGAGCUGCUUCUCCGGCGGAGUUUUCAUGGGCACCUUCCUGCUGGACCUCCUGCCUGACUACCUGGGCAGCAUCGCCGCGGCGCUGGAGGGGCUGCGAAUCACGCUGCAGUUCCCCCUGCCCGAGUUCAUCCUGGCCAUGGGCUUCUUCCUGGUGCUGGUGCUGGAGCAGGCGACGCUGGCGCAGCGGGAGCUGGCCGAGCCCCCCGAGGAGUCGCGGGCGCUGCUGCUGCCCAACGGCUCCAUCCAGGCCGCGGCUCCCGGCGGCGCCGGCGGCUCCCUGGGCUCGCCGGUGCCGGUGCCCGCCGGCCCCGGGGCGCUGCGUGCCGCGGCGCUGGCGCUGGCGCUGGCGCUGCACGCGGUGCUGGAGGGGCUGGCGCUGGGGCUGCGCGAGGGCGAGGCGGCCGCGCUGCGCGUGCUGCUGGCCCUGCUGCUGCACAAGGGCGCCGUGGCCUUCGGCCUCUCGCUGGAGCUGCUGCGGAGCCGCCUGCGCCCGCCCGCCGUGGCCUCGUGCCUCGUGCUGCUGGCGCUGAUGUCCCCGCUGGGCGUCGGCGUGGGCACGGCGCUGGCGGCGGGCGCGGGGCCGCGGCAGCGCCUGUGCCGGGCCGUGCUGGAGGGGCUGGCGGCCGGCACCUUCCUCUUCGUCACCUUCCUGGAGAUUCUGCCCCAGGAGCUGGGGGCGCCCCGGAAUCGCAUCCCCAAGGUCAUCCUGAUCCUGGCCGGCUUCGCGCUGGUCAGCGCCAUCCUCUUCGUCAAGGGAUGAGGUCCCCCUGGCCCUGCCUCAGAGAAUCCCGUGGGAUCCACGUGCCCCCCCCUGCACCCCCUUUCCUGAAGUGCCAAAGUGCCUCUCCUGCCUCUGUGCCUCAGUUUCCCUGCCUAAACCAUCCACUUCCUCAAGGGAGACCACGCCUGCCUUGGGAUUCCCCAUUCUGGCUCCUGGACACACCCCUGGAGCUCCUUUCCCACCCCGCUCCCCCUUUUCCGGAGUGCCAAAGUGCCUGUCUCAGUGCUGUGCCUCAGUUUCCCCACCUGCACAAGGGAUUGGUGCUGUGACCCCCCCUCAGGACCCCGGGAGGGGGUGAGUGUCCCCCCCCCCAUAACCACAAGUGCCUUUACAGACUCCCCCGGAUUUGGGGGUGUUGGAUAAAGCAAAUAAAGGACUGAACACAAA